GAGGCCACCUCGAUCACUCGAACCGUAAUUUUCCAGCUUGAUUCUCAUCUCGACUAUCUUCCUAAGCUUUCUUUUUAACUUGGCUUUACGGCAAGUUUAACACCAAAAUGGUGAAAAUUAUGAAAAGCGGAAAAGUCGUGCUGGUCCUCAGUGGCCGGUACGCAGGACGUAAAGCAAUUGUUGUGAAAAACUACGAUGAGGGCACAUCGGAGAAACAAUACGGCCAUGCCUUGGUUGCAGGUAUCGACAGGUACCCACGCAAAGUUCACAAACGCAUGGGAAAGGCUAAAAUUCACAAGAAAUCUAAGAUAAAGCCUUUCAUCAAGGUACUCAACUAUAAUCAUGUUAUGCCUACCAGGUAUACAGUUGAUUUGCAGUUGGAGAAAAUUGCACCUAAAGAUCUUAAAGAUCCAAUGAAGAGGAAAAAGAUUCGUUUCCAGACCCGUGUCAAAUUUGAAGAAAGGUACAAAUCUGGCAAAAACAAGUGGUUCUUCCAGAAGCUCAGAUUCUAAUUUUUCAUAAUUUAAUAAACAUAACUUACAACAUUACCUCGAAA